AAUACAGUGCUACCAGUGUGAAGAGUUCCAGCUAAAUAACGACUGCUCUGCUCCAGAGUUCAUUGUGAAUUGUACAGUCAAUGUUCAAGACAUGUGUCAGAAAGAAGUAAUGGAAAAAAGUUUUGGAAUCAUGUAUCGCAAAUCCUGCGCGUCUUCAGCGGCAUGUCUGAUAGCCUCUGCUGGAUACCAGUCUUUUUGUUCUCCAGGGAAAGUGAACUCUGUUUGUAUCAGCUGCUGCAACACUCCACUCUGCAACGGGCCCCGGCCUAAGAAGAGAGGGAAUUCUGGCGUGGCGCCGAGGGCGCAUGUGAUCACCACCAUUCUGCUCCUUAAAUUGGCUCUUAUAUCUUUGUAUUGCUAAACUUUGAGCAAAGUGUUUGCUCUGACAGAGUUUGUUCUAUCUCCUCCUUUCUUCAAAGACACUGCAAUUAUUUUCUAUUUGCUUCCAAAUCCCUAUCAAAAGAGAGGGAAGUUCAGUGGUUGUAGGAAGAGAGGGGCUGAUAUUUUUGGCAGCUAAUGAAUGCAGUUAGCAGACUGAAUUUCCAGUGUGCACUUAAAAAUAAAAAAAACCCAACAGUAGCAUACAGAACGCUUGCUCUUUUUGCAUAUUUGGAAACAAAUCUAUCUGUGAUAUUACUUUUAAGAUGUAGUCAGUUCCUCGGUCAUUUUCUGUGUUUUUAAGUUCAUUGCUAAUCAUUAACUUAGCUUUAUAAAGUCAUAUUUCAUGUUCACAAAGGCCAUUUUGUGCAUCUGAACUGGGCUCUAAGCUAGUCUCUAGUGGCACUGCUUCCACACUGGGCUCCAGGAAUUCAAGACGUGGUUUCUGUAGACUGCAGUCAGGCUUGGUUUCAUUCUGAAAAGUACUUAAGAAAACUUUGCUAGUGCUCUUUGUAGAAGAAGCACGCUUCGAUGCUCUGAAGAUCAACGGGCGUAGAGACCGGCCGCUGCUUGCUCUGGAGUUGAGAUUGGCUCUCCGAAACUUCUCUUUGUUGGCGUGCUCUAUUGUCAGGUGGCAGCGAAGGACCUGCAGAAACACACUGCGGAACUGCUGCGACGAGACGUUGUACAGGAGGGGGUUCACCACCGAGCUCAGGUAGAAGAAAGUGUCAGCAAUGGGAAGAAGAGUGAUGUAUGCUCGGAAGUAGGGGACAGUCCAGUCCUGCUUCGGUUUAACAGCAGCCAUGAUCCUUCUAACCUGGUUUGGCAGCCAGCAUAUUGCUAGAGUUGCAACAAUCAGUCCUGGGUACAAAAAGAGGAAGAAAGAGGGUGCACGUGUGGGGAAAAAAAAAUCAUAAAAUAUUUAGCAUCAGUUCUGCACUUACUUGUUAGGAGAUAGUACCGAUUUUUCAGUGUUUUGCUUGACAGCUUUUUCUGCCAGUAGCAUUUUUUUGUUUGUUUUUUUAAUACCUGUUUCAAGGUCAGUGCAGCAUUUGCUCUGAUACAGACUACAUAGUGCUUGGAUAGUGUUUGUUUGUACCUACCAUCAUUUGUUAAUUUUCACAGUGUUCCUUCAUCGAUACUUGUAUCUUUGGAAAGAAUGGAUUUUUAUUUUGUUCUGUGUUCUUGCAUUUCUUAUAUUUUUCCCUUUAUUUAAAAAAACAAACAAAAUAAAUAGCAACCUAUAGCCAUAUUAGAUCUGGCAAUACCCAGAAGAGAUCAGAUUCUUGUUUGUACUUUACAAAAAAAAAUGUAUGCAUAAUAAUAUAUUUGCUGUUAUUUUUGGUAACUUUCCUCUUACAGAAAAUAUUUUUAAGUAAAACAUGUAUGGAUCUUUUUAAGGUAAUUAAGAGAUGUUGGGCUUUCUUAAAAAUCAAAUUCCAGUGGAAUUAAAUAAUGAAUGUAAAUGAGAAAAAGCCAAGCCUAGCCAUGGAAGUGUAAGCAGUUUCAGAUUAUAAAGUCGGCUUAAAAAUGUGAUAUCUGACCAUUUUGUAUUUAUAUAUGCAAUAUAAAUACAUGUUGCUGCAUCGCUAACUGCAUUGAAAAGAGGGUGACUUAAGUGUUGGCUGAAAAAUUCUGCCUCUCUGAACAGGCAUGCAGGGAGGUCGCAGCAGUGACGCCACCGUCGGGACUGCAGCACUGCAGAAGCGUGGCGGUGGACUUCAGGAGGCUCUAGUCCGAGGCAGAAAACAGAGCGGGGGAAAGGCAAGCAAAUGCUCACUGGCAGCUGCUGCCUCCAAUGCGUCUAGACAAGUGUGCCUUAUAUGAACACAUAGGGGGAACAGCAGUUGCAGGUUGGCUUCCCUGCAGCAGAUCUACAGAACAGUAGAGCGUGUCUUCACUGUGCACGGUUUACAAUUUCAGCAGACUUUUGUUACCUUGUUAAUCUCCUCCAAAGUCUAGCUGUCUUAACAGAAGCACAAAAACAUAGUAAUACUUCCUGGUCUAGAAUAAGUCAGAUUUCAUAUCUACAACCCCAUUAAACAGAUCAUUGUAGCAAUGCAAUUCUGA